ACCGAACCUGGGAACUCAGGCAUUUUCGUCUGAUUUCCACGCGACUUGUUAUGGAUGGAUCAGUGGAGGCCCCAGGACCCCAGGUUAAUGGCGUGAAGCGACCGUCGCUCGAUGUUGAGAGUUUGCAGCGCAAGAAGUUCAAGACGGAAGAGCUGCCGUUGACUUCGGCGCAGCACGAAGCGGUCGACGAGUUGCUACACAGUUUUAAGAAAAAGGGGGGCUUCGAUAAUAUUCGCAAGAAGGCGUGGUCGGAAUUUCAUGAUGGUGAGGGAAAAGUCGAAUUUACGAAACUACUCACCGACUUAGCCGAGUCCGAGAUCGAGCGCGAACCUCAACUUCUUUCUAGAGAACAGGGAAAGGCCGCAACCUUGAUUGAAGGUGCAGUGGACCGCAGCGAUGUGUAUAAGACGGUCGAGAAGACUUUGGAUGCGCUGGCCGCACAACAUCUCCCGACUAUUCUAGAGUCCAUUCGCGAUAUUCGUCGCCAUGAUAUCGGCGAUGAGCGCGCCCUUCGCGAGGAGAUAGCGGGGAGUACGACAGAUGAGGACUAUGCUAAGAUUGUGAAGGCCAAGCGCGAUGAGCGUGAAAAGAUUUGGCAGGAAGAAGAACGCAAACGAAGAGAAAUUGAGGAAGAAGAGGAGCGCCAGAAAGAGGAAGAGGAACGGAAGCAACGCGAAAUCCAGCGGCAAAAAGACGAUGAAGAACGGGCUAGGAAGCGCGAGCGUGAUGAAAAAUGGCGCGCAGAACAACGAGCUCUGGAUGAGCAACGAGAAAAAGAUCGGCAGGAACGAUACGAGCGACGACGACGUGAGGACCGCGAUAGGUAUCGGGAUUGGGGGUAUCGUGAGCGAGAUCGCAGUCGCACAAGAGACAGAGACUUGGAUAGAGAUCGUGACAGGGACAGAGACAGGGAUAGGGACCGAGAUUAUCAUCGUUACCGCGACCGCGACCGCUCUCCCGGCUACCGCUCCGAUCGUGGUUUAUCGCCUCGUAUCAAAGACGCCCGAAAUGAGAAAACUCCAGUAUCAAAGGAACCUACUCCCCCGCCAGCCCCGCCUGCGCCUGUGGAUGAGAAGGCUUUGGAAGAGGCUGCCCUGCAACUCCUGCUGAAGGAAGGCGAAGAAUUAGCUGCGAAGGCCCGACAGAAGCCGGAAUUCGAUUUCGAGGAAGCUGAGGCGAUCGAAAACGGGCUAAAGCCAACAACGAGCAAGCCUAAGGAGGCCUCGGAGUCGAAGUUUUCUAAUACCUCUACUAAAUCAGGCAGUCCAGCUGUUGACCCAGAACAUAACCGGCGACGUGGAUCAACAGUGGCCGACGGCCGAGGCCGGAGGCGCGAUGACAGCCGCAGCCGGUCGAGAAGGAGAGGAUCGCGAUAUGACGAUGACCGUAACGUCCGAUCACGGGAUGUGUCUAACAGACCUCGAGACCGUGAUUCGGACGAUAAAGUCCCAAUUCGCGACUUUCGGGCGGAGCGCUACGGUGAUCGAAGCUAUCGACCAAGCCGUCGCAGUAGGAGUCGGUCUACCACACGGACCUACGACAGAGCCCGUGAUCAUGACCGUGAUCGUGAUCGUGAUCGUGAUCGUGAUCGUGAUCGCACAGAUCGGGACAGGGAUAGAGAUCGGGACUGGGACAGGGACAGAAGGACAGACCGAGACCGAGACCGUGUACGAGAUGACCGGGACAGAGAUGAUGACCGCCGUCGGGACCGCAGCCGGGACCGAAGUCGCGAUCGUGGUAGGGAUAGACCGGCUUAUGAUAGUUAUCGUCGGCGAUACAGCCACUAUUCUCGCUCAUCUUCACGUCCACGCUCGUCUCAUCGGGACCGAGAUCGUGACAGGGGACGAGAAAGGGAAGGAGGCAGGGAUAAGUCGAGAGAACGAGAUCGUGACAGGGACCGGGAGAGGGAUAGGGAAAGAGAUCGUUUUCGAGAUAGGGACAGGUCGAGGGACAGAGACAGAGACAGAGACAGAGACAGAGAUAGAGAUCGUGAACGGGAGCGAGAGCGAGAGCGCGACAGGGAUCGGGAUCGAGACAGAGAUAGGACUAGCGAUCGUGACCGUGAUCGAGAUCGGACGGAGAAGGACAACGAUCGCGAGCGAGACCGUGACCGUGACCGUGACAGAGAUCGAGAUCGUGGUAGGGAUAGGGAAAGAAAACCUUCUACUUCACCGCGCCGUCGUUCCCGCUCUCGACGGCGCUCUCCAAGCAUGCUCGACAUCGACCGCUACGUCCCAUCUACCAGCCGUCGAAGCCGUUCUCCGCGUCGACGGCUCCGGUCCCCAGAGCGCCCUGAGGAGCGGUCUCGUGGCUUCAUCGAGAUAGACCGGUAUAUGCCGGGUGGAGGAGAGCGGGAUCGAGAGAGGCCGCGCGAUCCGAAUCAGAAGGCGCAGAGCUGGCGGCCUGGGGAUGCAGACGAUAAGGCUUCAUCAAGGGAGUAGGAGCCGUCGUAUGCCAGCCGUCCUCCCGUUGCUCUAUCCAUGUAUUAUUUAAUAUACCACUGUAUAAGUAUCAUGGUACCGAAGAACACCAGUAUAAACGAAAUAAUCAAUUAAUGAUAAAAUCGGGCCCUUU